AUGUCACUCGUGCAACGCACUCCGCCACCUGUGUCCGAGAGUGGAUUACUACAAGUACAAUCCGAGCCCGAUAUGGUGAGUGCCAUGCGUUACGAGGAUGAAAUUGAAACCUCCAACGUUUCUACACGCAAAAAGCGCCCACGUCUUGAUGGAUCACCAUUAGACGAAUAUUCUAGGCUGAAAAAAUAUAUUCAACAGAUGUUUAAGAACUGGGCAGCUGAACAAGACUUAAAAUUUUCGAAAUUGAUAACCGAAAUUUCCGAUUUGAAACAGCAAAAUAGAGUUACAUAUAUACAAGAGACUAAUUUGGAGAUACGCAAAUUUAUGACAUUUGCCUCCACAGAAUAUGAUGAUAUGAGAAAAAAAGAUAGCAAAAUUAGAAAAAGAACGUUCCGAGUACACUGA